GAGGCAGAGGCUCUCAGCAGGAAUGCGGCAGUCAGCACAAAAACUCCAGCCUGGGCCUUGGAACCUGUGCUGCAGUUGCCACUCACACCGAGAGCGAUCUGAUAGAUUUAUAUAUGAGCCAGCCUUGUCGCACUGAGAAGCGCGAGGUGAAUUCCUCCCAACCCCAGAGGCCGGUGACUUCUGUCGCGGAGCGGGUUGUGUGAGUUUGAUGAAGCAAAGAUUGUUGUUUGUAGACCUGGCUGAAUAACAUCCCUUUGAAGUGAACUCCGAGAUGAAGGGACAGCUGCUCAGUGUGAUGUGUUCCCGUGUAUCUUGCUUUCAUGUUGCAAGAAGCAACAAUCUUCGAGUGCGAGUUUACUGCUCACAGCCCACCCAAAAACCCAUCUCCAGGACUCCAUAUGAAACCACCGGUGCUACGCAGCUGAAGUGGGUGGAACUGAGCAAAGAUUUAAGCAAAAAGGCUGUAGAGCAUAUUCGAAUCACAACCAAUUCCAUGUGGGAGAAAUAUGAGGAGUUUGUUGGACUGAAAGAGGUGCAAGAGGCACAGUUCAAAGUCACUGAGGCAGAGAAAGCUUUCAUGGUGGCUCGAGGUGUUGUUCGACAGAGUCGGGAAACCCUUGAAAAUCAGCAGUCGAAACUGAAGGAAGUUCGAGACAGAUUAGACAGAGUCUCACGAGAGGACAAUCGCUAUCUAGAACUGGCCACACAGGAGCAUAAGUUGCUACAGGAAGAGCGACGGCACCGAACAGCUCAUGAAAAUGCAGAGGAGCUGGAACGUGAAACAUUCGCUCUCUUUUCUGCAGCAGUGCGAGAAAGCCAUGAGAAAGAGCGGACUAGAGCAGAGAGAACAAAAAACUGGUCUGUGAUUGGGUCUGUGUUGGGUGCAAUGAUCGGGGUUCUGGGAUCAACCUACAUCAACAGAGUUCGCUUGCAGGAGCUGAAAGGAUUACUUCUUGAGGCACAGAAAGGGCCAAUUAACUUGCAAGAAGCUCUUAAAGAGCAAGCCUCCGUACACCAAAUUCAAAGCCAAGAACUCAGUACACUUGUAACAAGUCUGAAGGAACUAGUACAUGAUGAAAGUGCAUUUCAGCAAGCAGGUAAGGAGGCCACCGCUAAACUGAAAAAAGCAGAAUCUGGUCUGAAACCAGAUCAUGUCAUGGAUGCUUUGAAGAAACAAGCAAGCUCCUCAAAACAGACCAGUGCAGCAUUAGAAGGACUAGAAUUGAAAUUAACUGGUGUGGAACAGGCACUUGGAAAGAUGGCAUCUGACAUUAAGACAGUAAAAUCUGCCACACAGGCUAAGGCAUCACAGACUGUUUCUUCAGGAUUGACACAGGAUUGGCAGAUUCUUGCUACAGAGAAUAUGAUUGAUGGCUUAGCAGAGACUGAGAAAAGGCUAGAAUCACAUAUCCGAGCAAAUUCUGUGUAUAACACUGUACUGACAUAUGCUGCAUUCGCCCUCACCCUGCCAGUGUUAUAUGUGCUUUUCAAAGGGAAUUGAAAGACACUGCAGUGCGUGAAUGUUGCGUGUAGGCUUUUUGCUGUUUGAGAAAAGUGGAUAUUAUUUUCCAAUAAUUGGGACAAUUAGUUUUGGCAAUUGAAGUUUUUUUUAAAAUUUUGUGAGCAGUAUUAUCUUGACCUUGUUCUUUUUUAUCUUUAGAGAGAAAGAACCUGUGUUUAAAUAGCCUCUCACACCCUUUGGACAUUUCGCCAAUAGAUUGCUUUUAGAAAUGAGUCACUGUUGUUAUGCAGAUCAUUCAAUAUUGCUAGCCAACUGAACACUGGAAUAAGAAGCUUCAAACCUAAGGAUUCACUUUAUUUUCACUUUUAAUUCCCAUUUGGAAAAUUCCAUAGGGAAAUGCAUUUUGGGUGCAUUGUUCUUGUUAAAAUAAAUUACAUAGUAAAUAAUAGACAAAGUCACAAAUCUAUAUUUAAUUUAAAAUGUGUUAAAACAAUUGCAGGGAUAUUCAAAUAAUCAGUCAGUGAACCUAUCGAAAACAUAUCCUCGCCUAUACAUCAGCUUUAGUUAUAUGUUCAGCGGGAGAAUGGCGCAUUUAAGUUCAGGAGUCACUUUGAUCUGCAUCUGAGGAAUUAUAGUCUUUGAAGGCGUCCAGCAGACCUACCAAGACAACAGGUAAUUCUCAUUAUUCAUGACACCUUUUAGCAAAACUCUUUCAGAUUUCAUCAAAGUAGAUCAACUCUUUAAAACCUUUCUUGCCCACUUUACUAAUCUCUGUACUCUUAAGCAGUAAGUUUCCUGAAGAUAGCUGUACUUGGCAAGGCUUCCAAAAUUGAAAGCAGUCUUCACUAUAGCUGUAAAGUAGAGUUCACAAUCGUAGAGUCAACUCAAAGAUUUUAAUUUUCUAAGAUAAUAUAAUCAUGUAAGCCCUUUGACAACCACAGUCUACAUUCUUCUUGCCAAUUCAAAUUAUCAUUA